UGACUGGGACAAGUAUUUGAAAGAGACUGGGUCUGUAAGUGCUCCUUCAGAAUGUUUCAGACAGUCUAAGAUACCACCAACUAAUGAAUUCCAAAUUGGUAUGAAGUUGGAAGCCCGUGACCCUCGCAAUAUUGAUUCAGUGUGUGUUGCUUCGGUCAUUGGCAUUACUGGAGCCAGAUUGCGUCUACGGCUGGAUGGUUGUGACAAUAAGAAUGAUUUUUGGAGACUUGUGGAUUCAUCAGACAUACAGCCUGUUGGGACAUGUGAACAAGGAGGAGAUUUGCUUCAGCCUCCACUGGGGUGCAGAAUGGGUUCUUCUUCAUGGUCCAUGUUCUUACUACGUGUCCUAACUGGAUCUGAACUGGCACCUGCAGUGUUCUUUAAGAAGGAACCACCACGUCCACCCCAAAAUAAUUUUGUAGUUGGGAUGAAGAUUGAAGCUGUCGAUAGAAAAAAUCCAUUUAUGAUCUGUCCUGCCACAAUUGGAGCUGUCUAUGGAGAUGAAAUUCAUAUUAAUUUUGAUGGAUGGAGUGGAAAAUUUGAUUAUUGGUGCAGCUAUGACUCCCGAGAUAUCUUUCCAGUUGGAUGGUGUCGCCUCACAGGAGAUGUAUUGCAGCCACCAGGAAAAAUUGUUCCAAAAAGACCAAGGAAAAAACCAACGACCAGACAAUGGAGAUUAAGAAACGCUCUUUUGGGAAAUACAGAAGCAGCCCCAGAAGCUGCAGAAAAACCUGGGUGCAGUAUAUUCACCAGCACUUUGGGGGAUGAAGACAGAACUUUGAAAGAUGACCAAGCAGCCCCAGCUGAGAAAAUACCCAGGGACAGAGGAUUCACCAAACCUUCGGAAGAUGAAGCCAGACCAGGGGGAGAUGUCCAAGUAGCCCCAGUUGAGAAAAAACCCAAGGGCAAAAGAGUUACCAAACCUUGGAAAGACCAGCCCACAUCUUUUGAAGAUGAAGCAGCAGCCCCAGCUGAAAAAAAACGCAAGGGCAAAACAGUCACCACUCCUUGGACUGACCAACCCAGUCUCGUUGCAGAUCAAGGAGCAGCCCCAGCUGAGAAAAAACACAAUGGCAAAACAGUUACCACAAUUUGGACUGACCAACCCAGACAUUUUGCAUAUCAAGGAGCAGCCCCAGCUGAGAAAAAACGCAAGGUCAAAACAGUCACCACACCUUGGACUGACCAACCCAGACUUUUUGUAGAUCAAGGAGCCGCCCCAGCUGAGAAAAAACGCAAGGGCAAAACAGUCACCACUCCUUGGGCUGGCCAACCCAGUGUCUUUGCAGAUCAAGGAGCAGCCCCAGCUGAGAAAAAACGCAAGGGCAAAACAGUCACCACACCUUGGACUGGCCAACCCAGUCUCUUUGCAGAUCCAGGAGCAUCACCAGGUGAGGAAAUAUGCAUGGGCAAAAUAGUUACUACACCUUGGACUGACCAACCAAGAUUUUUUGCAGUUCAAGGAACAGCCCCAGCUGAGAAAAAACGCAAGGGCAAAACGGUCACCACACUUUGGACUGACCGACCCAGACAUUUUGCAGAUCCAGGAGCAACCCCAGCUGAGAAAAAACGCAAGGGCAAAAGAGUCACCAAACAUCGGAAAGACCAAGCCCAGUUUUUAGCAGAUGAAGAAGCAAUGCCAGCUCUUUUCUCAGCUCUUAGUGUGAGUAGUACAGAGACAACACUACCUUCUUCCUCUGAACAACCAAAUUCUUCUACCUCCAAAGGGGCUCAAUCUUCAAGGAAGUCUCCACGAAAAACAAGUGUUGUGCAACCAGUACCAAAGACCAGAAAGAAAUCAGGACAAACUAAGUCUACUGGAGAUACUUCGUCCACUAAGAAGGGCAUUACUAUUAAAAUUGUCCUACCAAAGAAAAGAGGUGGAAAGUCUGGAAAAAAGGAAAAAAGUAUUCCAGUUGUUUCUUCUACAUCUUCAGCUUCUUUAAGUUCACCAAGGAGAAGUUCUUCAUCUAAUAGGACUUCUGUGGGGCCCUCUGAAAUAGUGAUGUCUACAAUCUGUGUGUAUAUAAAUAAACAUGGAGAUUCUGGCCCCUACCUGGAUCCACAGAAGGUUCAGCAGCUACCUGACCACUUCGGCCCAGGCCCUGUGAAUGUGAUUCUCCGGCAGACUGUGCAGGCCUGUGUGGAUAGUGCCUUUCAGGCCAAGACUGUCUUUCUACUUCUUAAGCCAGAUAAUAGGGGAGGAGAAAUGAUAACUGCCUUCUUCGAUGGGAAAGCUCAUACUGUUCAUCUCCCUCCAGUGAACAGUGCAUCAUUUGCACUUCACUUUCUUGAAAAUUUCUGCCGCAGCAUGCAGUGUGAUAAUUUUUUGAGUAGCCAGCCUUUCAGACGUAAGGCUCAUACCUCAACUACAGGCAUUGAUCAAAGCAAACCAGGAAAUGAGGAACAAAGGGGAACCUUCAAACGAUUGUCUCUGGAACCUCAACCUUCUGCUUCUGUCUCAUCUAAGAUUCCCAGAAAGUCUGGGCGAGCCUCUAAAGCUUCAAGUUAUAUAGCUGUACCUGACCCCAGUGUCCUGAAACAAGGCUUCUGUAAGGACCCUUCAACCUGGUCUGUGGAUGAAGUGAUACAGUUUAUGAAACAUACAGAUCCUCACAUAUCAGGCCCCCUCGCCGACCUCUUCAGGCAACAUGAAAUUGAUGGGAAAGCUUUGCUACUACUGAAGAGUGAGCUGCUGAUGAAGUAUAUGGGGCUAAAACUAGGACCAGCAUUAAAACUAUGUUACUACAUUGAAAACUUAAAGAAGUAA